GUUUCAUGCUCACUACAUAGUCAGCUAAACAGAAGUUUUAAGCGGAAUAGUAUUGAACCUCCCAUACACAAAAGCACAGUGUUCUCUUCUCCAUAGCCAAGAUUAGUUAAGGCAAUGGCAAGAGCUCUAUCUCCUUGUUCCACAGUUUUUCUCUCAUCUUCUACCCAUCGCCUUUUCUCUUCCACUCUAAAAGCCCCGAGCUUUUCAUUCGCUCCAAUCAUCAAGCCAAAGAGCUUUACCAUUGCCGCUUACAAUGCACGCACACCGAUCAAUUCAGUCCACAAGGUGAUCAAGGCGUUGAUGAGUCGUGUUGAUUUAACGGAAGCAGAAGCAGAAGCAUCUCUUGAAUUCUUAUUGACUGAAGCGGAUCAAGCGCUGAUCAGCGCUUUUCUUGUGCUCCUGAGAGCCAAAGGAGAAACUUCUGAAGAAAUUGUCGGGCUAGCAAAAGCAAUGAUGAAACGUGCGAGGAAGGUUGAAGGUUUGGUUGACAUUGUUGGAACUGGAGGUGAUGGAGCAAACACUGUCAACAUAUCAACGGGGGCUUCAAUACUUGCCGGAGCCUGUGGUGCCAAAGUUGCUAAGCAAGGAAACUGUUCAAGUUCUUCUGCAUGUGGAAGUGCCAAUGUAUUAGAAGCACUGGGCGCGGCUAUUGACUUAGAUGCUCAGGGGGUAACAAGGUGUGUGAGCGAAGCAGGAAUUGGUUUUAUGAUGUCUCCGAAAUACCACCCAGCUAUGAAGAUUGCCAGUCCUGUUAGAAAAAAGCUAAAUAUAAAAACUGCAUUCGAUAUUGGGUCCCAUGUUAAAUCCAGCACAGGUACCUUUCGCAGUUAUUGGAGUAUUUACGGAAGGCUUGGUCUUCAAAUGGCUAAAGCACUACAAAGAUUUGGCAUGAAAAGAGCUCUGGUUGUGCACUCUGAAGGUUUGGAUGAGAUGAGUCCUCUUGGACCAGGGCUGGUAUUUGAUGUCACUUCGGAAAGAAUUGAUGAGUUCUUAUUUGAUCCAUUGGACUUCGGCAUUCCUAGGUGCAAUCUCGAGAGCCUGAAAGGUGGUGGCCCAGACUACAAUGCCGAGAUUCUGAAGCGUGUUCUAGCUGGAGAAAGGGCGCCAAUCGCCAAUGCUUUGAUUCUGAAUGCAGCAGCGGCUCUCAUGGUCAGCGGCUUAGUGAAGAGCCUAGCAGAAGGCGUAUCUGUGGCUCGUGAAACACAGCAAUCAGGAAAGGCCCUCAAAACUCUCAACUCGUGAAAAGAUAUAUCAAAUAAAUCUAAAGAAGACGAUGCCUUGGAAUAUGCUUAAAUCUUCUAACAUAUUGUCCUGUUGCUGCACACGAGUGCCAUUCGUGUCAUGGCUUGUUCAAGUAAUAAUCCUGGAUCGAUUACUCUGAACACAACAAGUUUUCGAAUGGGAAAAUGAUCUCAAA